AUGAUUGAACAGGAAAAUAAAUCAUACAUAAACCUUUUUAAUGAAAAUUAGAAUCUUGCAGAGUCUUCUUAUACUGAUUUAGAAAAAUUGGUAUAAAUUUUAGGAGGAAACACAUUAAAUUUAUGGAAUGCUUAGAAAACUUAUAUAGCAGAAAAACCACCAAUGUAAAAAAAAUAAAUGAGGAUUUAUGUUGAUUUGGAAUAUUAAUAAUAGUAAUUAAUUAAUUUGUUCAUAAAAAGUAUAAAAACACAAAGGUCGCAUAAAUUGCCUAAUUAUAAAUAAUAAUGA